CCGGUGCAGGAGCAGGAGCAGGAACAGGAUCUGGUGCCUUAGCUGGUGGAGCAGGCGAAUAUGGACGAGGAGCUGGUGCAGGUGCAGGAGCAGGCGCUGCUGCAGCGGCUGGUGCUGGAGCUGCAGGAUUAGGCGGAUAUGGUGGAGGAUACGGAGGCGGAGCUGGAGCCGGUGCAGGAGCAGGAGCAGGAACAGGAUCUGGUGCCGGAGCUGGUGGAGCAGGCGGAUAUGGACGUGGAGCUGGUGCAGGUGCAGGAGCAGGCGCUGCUGCAGCGGCUGGUGCUGGAGCUGGAGGAGCAGGCGGAUAUGGUGGAGGAUACGGAGGCGGAACUGGAGCCGGUGCAGGAGCAGGAGCUGGUGCCGGAGCAGGUGGAGCAGGCGGAUAUGGACGAGGAACUGGUGCAGGUGCAGGAGCAGGCGCUGCUGCAGCGGCUGGUGCUGGAGCUGGAGGAGCAGGCGGAUAUGGUGGAGGAUACGGAGGUGGAGCUGGAGCCGGUGCAGGAGCAGGCGCUGCUGCAGCGGCUGGUGCUGGAGCUGGAGGAGCAGGCGGAUAUGGUGGAGGAUACGCAGGCGGAACUGGAGCCGGUGCAGGAGCAGGAGCUGGUGCCGGAGCAGGUGGAGCAGGCGGAUACGGACGAGGAGCUGGUGCAGGUGCAGGAGCAGGCGCUGCUGCAGCGGCUGGUGCUGGAGCUGGAGGAGCAGGCGGAUAUGGUGGAGGAUACGGAGGCGGAGCUGGAGCCGGUGCAGGAGCAGGAGCAGGAGCAGGAGCAGGAGCAGGUGGAACAGGCGGAUAUGGACGAGGAGCUGGUGCAGGUGCAGGAGCAGGCGCUGCUGCAGCGGCUGGUGCUGGAGCUGGAGGAGCAGGCGGAUACGGAGGUGGAGCUGGAGCCGGUGCAGGAGCAGGUGCUGCUGCAGCGGCUGGUGCUGGAGCUGGAGGAGCAGGCGGAUAUGGUGGAGGAUACGGAGGCGGAACUGGAGCCGGCGCAGGAGCAGGAGCUGGUGCCGGAGCAGGUGGAGCUGGUGGAUAUGGACGAGGAGCUGGUGCAGGUGCAGGAGCAGGCGCUGCUGCAGCGGCUGGUGCUGGAACUGGAGGAGCCGGCGGAUAUGGACGUGGAGCUGGUGCAGGAGCAGGAGCAGGCGCUGCUGCAGCGGCUGGUGCUGGAGGAGCAGGCGCUGCUGCAGCGGCUGGUGCUGGAGGAUAUGGAGGCGGAGCUGGAGCCGGUGCAGGAGCAGGAGCUGGUGCCGGAGCAGGUGGAGCAGGCGGAUAUGGACGAGGAACUGGUGCAGGUGCCGGAGCAGGUGCUGCUGCAGCGGCUGCUGCUGGAGCUGCAGGAGCAGGCGGAUAUGGUGGAGGAUACGGAGGUGGAGCUGGAGCCGGUGCAGGAGCAGGUGCUGCUGCAGCGGCUGAUGCUGGAGCUGGAGGAGCAGGCGGAUAUGGUGGAGGAUACGGAGGCGGAACUGGAGCCGGUGCAGGAGCAGGAGCUGGUGCCGGAGCAGGUGGAGCUGGUGGAUAUGGACGAGGAGCUGGUGCAGGUGCAGGAGCAGGCGCUGCUGCAGCGGCUGGUGCUGGAACUGGAGGAGCCGGCGGAUAUGGACGUGGAGCUGGUGCAGGUGCAGGAGCAGGCGCUGCUGCAGCGGCUGGUGCUGGAGCUGGAGGAGCUGGCGGAUAUGGUGGAGGAUACGGAGGCGGAGCUGGAGCCGGAGCUGGAGCCGGUGCAGGAGCAGGAGCUGGUGCCGGAGCAGGUGGAGCAGGCGGAUAUGGACGAGGAGCUGGUGCAGGUGCCGGAGCAGGCGCUGCUGCAGCGGCUGGUGCUGGAGCUGCAGGAGCAGGCGGAUAUGGUGGAGGAUACGGAGGUGGAGCUGGAGCCGGUGCAGGAGCAGGCGCUGCUGCAGCGGCUGGUGCUGGAACUGGAGGAGCCGGCGGAUAUGGACGUGGAGCUGGUGCAGGUGCAGGAGCAGGCGCUGCUGCAGCGGCUGGUGCUGGAGCUGCAGGAGCAGGCGGAUAUGGUGGAGGAUACGGAGGUGGAGCUGGAGCCGGUGCAGGAGCAGGAGCAGGUGGAACAGGCGGAUAUGGACGAGGAGCUGGUGCAGGUGCCGGAGCAGGCGCUGCUGCAGCGGCUGGUGCUGGAGCUGCAGGAGCAGGCGGAUAUGGUGGAGGAUACGGAGGUGGAGCUGGAGCCGGUACAGGAGCAGGUGCUGCUGCAGCGGCUGGUGCUGGAGCUGGAGGAGCCGGCGGAUAUGGACGUGGAGCUGGUGCAGGUGCAGGAGCAGGCGCUGCUGCAGCGGCUGGUGCUGGAGGAGCAGGCGGAUAUGGUGGAGGAUACGGAGGCGGAACUGGAGCCGGUGCAGGAGCAGGAGCUGGUGCCGGAGCAGGUGGAGCAGGUGGAUAUGGACGAGGAGCUGGUGCAGGUGCAGGAGCAGGCGCUGCUGCAGCGGCUGGUGCUGGAGGAGCAGGCGGAUAUGGUGGAGGAUAUGGAGGCGGAGCUGGUGCCGGUGCAGGAGCAGGAGCAGGUGGAACAGGCGGAUAUGGACGAGGAGCUGGUGCAGGUGCAGGAGCAGGCGCUGCUGCAGCGGCUGGUGCUGGAGCUGGAGGAGCAGGCGGAUAUGGACGUGGAGCUGGUGCAGGUGCUGGAGCAGGCGCUGCUGCAGCGGCUGGUGCUGGGGCUGGAGGAGCAGGCGGAUAUGGUGGAGGAUACGGCGGCGGAGCUGGAGCCGGUGCAGGAGCAGGAGCAGGAGCUGGUGCCGGAGCAGAUGGAGCAGGCGGAUAUGGACGAGGAGCUGGUGCAGGUGCAGGAGCAGGCGCUGCUGCUGGGGCUGGUGCUGGGGCUGGAGGAGCAGGCGGAUAUGGGGGAGGAUACGGAGGCGGAGCCGGAGCUGGUCUAGGAGCAGGUGCAGGUGCAGGAGCAGGUGCUGCAGCAGUACCUGGUACUGGUGGAGGAUACGGAGGUGGAAGUAGAUUUACAUAUGGUACAACAAGCAGUUCAGCAACGUCAUCGAGCACAGCAACUUCGAGUGGAUCCAGCAUAGUUACA